AUGUCGUGGUAUCUAUCAUACUACAAAUGCUACCGUGGAUGUAUCAAUGAAGCAAAAGUGGUUUAUAAUGAAAUUCGUGAGCAAGCUGUGAAUUCACACCGAACGACAAUAUCUGUCAUUACGUCGGUUGUCAACAAGGUGUCAGCGCCAGUUGUAAAUCGAUUGCCACAGGUUGAUUCUCUCGCACGCACGGUUCGUAAGAUUCGAGGUACUAAGAAUUCAGUCCCGAAGGAUCCUGAGAAGAACACUAAUUUCGCUAUUCCUCAAGAAUUCCCAACAACUACAAUGGAUGAUUUUUUUCCACUGUAUGAUUCUGAGACUGAAAAAAAUCGUUUAUUGAUGUUCAGUAACGACAAGAACUUGCAAGAGUUAGAAAAGAGUGAGAUCUGGGCUGGUGAUGGUAAGUUUUCUGUUGUGCCGCAGGCAUUCGCACAACUUUACACCAUCCAUGGAAAUUCUAGUGGCCAAUUUCUUCCCCUGGUUUACGUUUUGACUUCUGAUCGAACCGAGAAACCUUACAAGAAGGUGUUGAAGAAAUUGAAGGAAUUCAAUGCUAAUCUGAAGCCUGGAAUCAUGCUUGUUGACUACGAGCCUGGGUUUAUUGCUACUUUUCGUAAAGUUUUUCAAGAUUGUACCAUGCGAGGGUGCUAUUGUCAUUUUCGAAAAGCUGUUUACGCGAAAAUUCAGAAGUAUGGGCUUUUGUCUGAGUAUACUCGGGACGCCGAGUUUGCGAGGGAUUUGAGGAAAUUGAAUGCGUUAGCGAUUGUUCCCAAGGAUCGUGUUGUGUCUGCUUUCGUCGAAUUGCUCAAAACACCUUUUUUGUAA